UACAGCGGGACGCGUGCGUUUUUCCACGUUGAAGUCGAAGGGGGUAGCGUGUACACGCGGGGGAACGCGUCUCUCGUGGCGUCGCUGCGAAAGUGCGGAGGGCGCUCACGGGUGUAAAAAAAAAAAACGCCGAGACCUCCCCUUUCGUCGAACUCGCUUUUUCUCUCCUUCUCCCGCUUCUCCGCCGGGUCGCCGAGCACUCGGAGCACCCGGAGCACUCGGAGCACUCGGAGCACGCGUCCCUGACAUGCGGCCGGCGCGGGCGAGCGUCAGGACGAGCCAUUGUCCGUGCCGUUUGACACUCGGGCUACUCGGGGCAACGGCCAGCCGCGCAGCCGACUUACCCGACUCUCCCCGCAGCCACUCGCAGCCGCACCGAGCGAGCCAGCUGAAUUCAUCCGUCUGAACUUACCUUACCUGCGGAUCGCGACGCGGGAAAGACGGGAAAGACGGGCGGGAGGAGGCUGUCGAAUCGGGGAUAUUUUUACGGUCUUCGAGAAUGGAGCACGGAGAGCUGGUACGGAAGGAAUAGAUGCGAUCUUGGCGCCAUGUUAUGCCCUUGUAUCGAGAUCAACUAAGUUUCACAUAUCUCUGAUCCCGUAAUAUACUUAUUAUUUGUGAAUGGAUGGAGCUGCGACGGGAAUUGGAGGAGGAUCGGUUGCGGACCUGGGAAAUCUGGAAAGAUGGUGGAACAAUCCGGGGAUCGCGGCUUGGAGCUUCGUGCUCUUCGGCUGCUUUCUCCUCAACGCGACCCUUCUGCUUGCGUUUCUUGUCAGGCCGGGAUUGCGCACCAUCUCUAACAGAUUCGUGAUGAACCUAACCGUUUCGAAUCUGCUGACGUGUGCCGUGCUGAACCCGUUGCUGAUGAUGGACGGCCCGACGGUGGAAGACACCCUGAUGGCAUCUACGUCAACGCCGGAUGACUUCACGUCGCCGUUCGGUUCGACAUCGACGUCUGCGUCGGCUGCCAGCAAUAUCUGUGCGAUAUCGGAAGGUGCCACUGCGCUCGUUACCACGUCGUCGGUGCUAUCGGUCCUGCUGAUUGCCGUCGACCAAUAUUUUGCCGUGGUAGACCCACUGCGUUACCGGGCUCGAGUCGACAAGCUCAAGUCGGCCGUGCUGAUCGUCUCCAUCUGGCUGGUUUCAAUGACCUUCGGCUUGGUCGCUGCCUUGAACCCGAGUCCGCGUAGCCUGUGGCUGUCCUGCAGCACGACAACGUUGCUGAAUAACUCGUCCUAUCGCGAAUUUGCAUCAAACGUUACCGCGACGGCGGAGACGUCGCUCGAAUCCGCGUUCGCGUUCUUCGGCAACGGGACUAACGAAGAGGGAGAAGAGGAAGUGAUCGACGACGUGACGCCAACGUUACUUAAAACGAUCGAGUCGAUCAAGAUCGAUAGCAGCAUCGGCCUCCUCGAGAACUCUACUGUGAUUUUUCGUACCAUGACUAACGACUCUGUUACUUACGGACUCAUUUACACGGUCGUACACAGUGUAUUCGCAUAUCUACUUCCAUUCGCCGGUGUUUGCUGGAUUUAUAUCAGCAUCUAUUCGGCCGCGCACCGAAACUCUGAGAGAACUCGUAGGACUGGUUCGCGACCGAUUCUUUCGUCGGGCAGCUUCAGCGAAGAUCCGUACUAUUACGCGAAGGCACAGCAUCAAUCCGCUGACACGUUUCCCGAAGAGUUUCGUAGAAUACCCAAAAUCUCGAGUCUUUCGUCCAUCGACGAGACAAGCGAGACUACGCAUUCGGUCAAUCAGAUAUCACGUCGGAGAUCCUUUUCAUCAUCCUUGGACGCUGCACAGAUGGGAUCGAAUGACGAGCAGACGUCGUCGGGGAUCGUCUUCACGGUAGGACUGCAACCGGUGGAAGUGCCGUCUGAUCAAAACAAUGAUAAUAAUUUGACGGAGGCAGCUGAUAUGCAGACAAACUACUUCAAGAAGGAACGCGUUUCGUCCUACGAGAACCUCGUUGCGAGCAAAUUCCACGAUUCGGAAGCCGAUCGGAGAUCUUCGUGUGAUCUAACGGACGAGAUCGGGGAAUCCUCCGGGUGGAUCGCCGGGACGGACUCAAGCGAUUCCGAGAACGACGAGCGACGCUACGAUUACUUCGACUCCUUAACAGUUCCUAAGACAACUCGCAAGAUCAAAAUCCUCACAGAUCAAAGAUCCUCCGACUGUCUUCUGUCAGUUACCCAAUGCGAGAGGACAGAGGAGGAGCCAUGUGAUGACGUGGACAAUCUCGAACGGGAUUCUUUUAGGACGACGACUCGUUGCAUCGAGGACGAGGCCUCUGUUACGAUCAAGACAAAAGAACAAGCGCAAAACGAGGUCCCGAAUUCUAGCGGUAACUCGGAGAACAAGAGACCGAGACGACCCAGUCGCCGUUUGUCAAGACCCAGUAUCUUCGAUGCCAAUGUGGAAUCAUACGCGAUUAGUAGAAAUGCAGAAACCGUUGGAUACAAUAGUCCGGAACCCUCGUCUUGCUUUUUGACGCCCAUCGUGACGAUCACGCCCGCGCCUGGCAAGUCAAGUUCGCUGCACCGAGUGGCCAGUGUACGUAGCACCAACAGUUACAUCAAUUCUCUCAAGCAUCGGAUCAGCAACGGCUCCUUGUUCAGGUAUCGUGAGGAGACUCGGGCGGCCAGAAUCAGCGCGCUGGUGAUCGUAAUGGGCCUGAUUUGCUGGUCGCCAUACGUCCUAUUAAAUAUGAUCAAGAAUCUGCCACGAUACUCGGAUUACGUGUUCCCGCACGAAUACGACGUGCUCGCACUCAGCUUUUUAAUCCUGGCCGCCUACGUGAGCCCGUUGCUCUUUGGCUAUCGAUCCCGACGGGUGAAACGAGAGUUGCGUAAGUUUUUCUGCUUCCAUCGCGAGCUCUCGUACAAGAACAAUCGUAGCUUGAUGGCAAAGAAGGUGCUAAAGCGACGGCACAGUAGCACUCUGAGCCACCUGGAGAUGGAUCAUCGUUACAACAUCUUCAAUUGCGUCUACGGCAGGAGCAGGUGGCCGAAGGAGAAAGUGCAGUUCGUCCAGGUGCCGGACACCGCUCUCGCCGUAGAGACUUGCAGGAGUAGCUUCUCUAGCGGCGCUAGCACACAGAUCUCUAGCACGUCUACGGAGGAGUGUUGAAUCGCAAUGGACCUCGCGACACUGCGCGGAAUUUUUUUACGCGUUGAAAUCGCGAGAGAACUAGUUCCUUUAAUGAUCGAUGCGAUCGUACGGGAGAAAAAAUACGCGCGAGGCAAAGGAAAGGAGCGUAAAUUACGCCUGCGUUCACGUGUGUUGUAUGAGCUUGGUAAGGGACUUCUAGCGAUCGAGACAAUAAGUAAAUAGAAAUAAGUACCUAAUGUAGUCCGAUGAAAGAACAGUGCAUUGAAACGUGGAUCGACAUAUUUUUGUAGUCCGUCACAGUCUUUAAGUGUUCUAAUUUUACCUUUUAUUUUUGGACAAUAUGGUGUGAAUGAGAUCGAACGAUACGAACGUUUGUGUUCCGAGUAGCCGGCGGCUCGUCUCUUCGACUACGUCGAGAAUUCAAUUGUCGCAUUUUUCUUCUGACAACACAUUCUUUUGCUUGUGCGUAACAAGGUCUGAUUUGGCAGAAUAAUUAUGCAAUUGAACAUUGAAAUUGUUUAUUUAAAAAACGCGACGCGAGUUUGUAAACUCGAUGAUACGUUGCCGCAAAGCCGCGUAAUAUCGCCUUGCGCCGUAAUCAAAAUAAAUACACAAACUCGUUGCGUCUCGCGUAUUGGCAAACUGGUGCGUGAAACCGCUAUUCGAUAUUUGUUAAAUGGAAAUAUCCGUUUUAGUAUUAAGAGCAUUAUCGCGCUAAGUCGUCAGGUGUUAGCCGACUCGAGAAGUAUUAGAGUACGCCGAACUCGAAAGGAGGCUUUAGUUUUUACGCUUAUUGACGCAUUGCAUCCACACGUACUUUCUCCCCUCUCUUUCUGUUUUUUAUCUACGUUCGUCGACGUAAUUGCGGCAACAUCGUCUGACGCACACAGGUAGAUCAAUCUAGUUGCUACGGCGUGUACUCUUAAGCGGCUAUUUAUUCGCAGAACGUCGAACAUGUGUCGUCCGUACGGUUCUGUAUGUAGAUAUGUACACAGCAUUUCUCAUGACAAAACUCUUCGCCGAGGCAUCGCCGUUCUCCGUCUAGAGGAUACUCUGCGAUUCCUCCCCCGCGGUUCUUACUUUUGUAUAUUACAAGUGUAGAGAUUCGUUUAUUUAUAUUAAAUAAUUUGUAUAUAGAGAGAUGAAUGGCGAAUCUCAAACGCUGCUAAUUCGUACGUA